AUGCUGCCGGAGUGGAAGGGAUAUUUGUACGUACUCGGCCUGGACGUCCCUUUCAGUCAGAUGAAGGUGACCAAAGAGCUCAAGGCUUACGACAAGAAGAUCAUUGAAUGCUUCUUUGAAAACGGCCAGUGGAAAAUGCUUCGGCAGCGCGUCGACAAGUCGUAUCCGAACGCUUAUGAAACGGCGAUGAGCAUCUGCGGCUGCAUCAAGAACCCGAUUACUAAAGAAUUUCUGCUCGAAUUCGUCAAACACAGAGCGAAGAAGCCACGUUGUCCGCCGAAGGCAGAUGCCCGCCCGUGUCAGUGUCCGCUGGACUUCAUAUGCUUCGAAGCGCUGUCGGCGUGCGACGGUUUUUUCGCGCAUCGAUGUGAUUGGCUCGAGCGUUGA